AUGGGCGGGCUUGGCAAGACAACUCUUGCCAAGAAGGUUUAUGACAACAAGAGGAUGGUGGAACACUUCGAUUGCCGUGCCUGGAUCACUGUGUCUCAGUCAUUCAAGAUGGAGGAGGUACUUCGGAACGUGAUAAAGCAAUUCUAUCUAGCAAGGAAAGAGUCAAUUCCUGAUGGUACCGAUGCAAUGGACGAGAUGUCUCUUAUUACUCGACUUAGGGAGUAUUUGGAGGAUAAAAGAGGACUACCCCAUUAAUUGUGGAAGACUCAUCCGACUGUGGAUAGCUGAAGGGUUUGUGAAAGGAAAGAAAGGAAUAACAUUGGAACAGGUUGCCGAAGAAUAGUUGACUGAACUGAUUCAUAGAAGCUUGGUUCAAUUGUCCCACGUGGAUUAUAGAGGGAAAA